GUGUGAGCCGCCGCCGCCUGGCCGGUUCCUGCGGUGUACAUAUGAGGAUGAGAUCCGCACGGCGGGCGACUCGCCGGCUUCGCGCCUGUUACCGGAGCCGCCCUCGCCGGUGUGCUUUUCAUGCGACCUCGGGGAUGGGCGCAGUGCUCAUGGUUCUAGGCCCCCCUCAGGACCGUUUCUAAGUUUUUCACUCUGAAAUGUUUAAUGUAGCAGUUAAGGUGCAUAUUUUCUCAUUUUAUAAUGAAUUACAUAGACACUAUGACGACUAAAAUCAGGAUUUGAGUCCUGAUAAGGCUUGUUCGCUGGCUAGCAGUAGUUCGAAAGCAAUAUAAAAACUAGGAAACCGUGUAAUUUAGUAGGUAUCGCGUGUUUUAGUUUUACUCCUUAUAACUAAAUUAAUGCAGAUAUUCGUAUUUACGAAAUGCACUGUACCAUGUAACCCGACCGUUCAGCCCCGGUCCUGUGGUUAUGUUACACACGGAGGGUCUGGAGUAUGCAGAAUAAGAACAUUACCUAGGACGUAAUAACCGCCAUGGAUUUGGAGCGACAGAAGCGAAGGGAGGAAAUCCAGAAGGCACUGGGAUUCAUUCAGUCAUCCUUGCCGUACCCCGAACCCGAAGGCUAUGAGGCAUUUCUGACCCAGCUAGUGUGUAACCUCCUGGAUGAGGGCAACACGGUUUUCCGCGAGGGGGACUGGAGGCAGGCGACAGUGCAGUACAGCGAAGGCGUGAACGUGGCACGCUACGCCCAGGCGGAGGCUCUGCUGAUCCCUGUGGCCUUGCUGGAGAGCCUCUACGUUAACAGGGCCGCGGCAUAUUACAGUCUGGGGGAAUACGAGCAUGCCAUGCAGGACUGUAACAGUGCACUGGCCGUGUCGGAGGGGAGCCGCAAGGCACUCUACCGGAAGGCUCUGUGUCUGCGGGAGCUGGGCCGCCUACGGGAAGCCUACGAAUCCAGCAUGGGGUGCCUGCUGACCGCCCCUCAUGACCGGCAGGUCAACGAGUUGGCCCAGGACUUGGCCAGCAAGUUGGGUCUGAAGGUGCGGAAGGCCUACAUCAGCCCACAGGCAGAGUCUUCUGUAGCGGGGGUGGACGCCAACGGGAACUUAGAUGCUACCGCAGGGGAGAUUUCAGCUAAUGGUCUGGAGUCUUUAAAUGGGAUAGCAUCAGAGGACAGCGCCCAGUGUAUCCCCGCCCCCCUGGCCACUCCCAUCCCAGUGAGCGACGAGCCUUCGUCGCUUCCAGUAGCCCCCAUGCCCCCCGAGGACCCGCCCGAGAGCCCGGGGCAGGUGUCCUUCUCGGUGCCUGUGUCGGAGCACCUGGGCGAAUGCGAGGUGAUUGGUGACGAGCUGGACGGCCUGCUGGACUGCAUCCCUAAGGGGGCGGAGAGCUCCGUCCAGGGUGCCAUUCCCACCAACCUCCCCAACACGGUGGUGGGUCUCCGCCCCACCUACCCUGCCAGCCUCCCGGCCCCCUCUCCGCAGCUGCCCCCCGCCUUUUUCACCUCGGCCGUGAACACGCUCAACGCACUGGACUCCUUCUCCAGCCUGGGCUCGGGCGACACCCCCGUGCAGGUGCUUGACACCCUGGACUCCUUCACCCCAGGCCUGAGCGCAUCAGGGAUGGGGGCCACAGAGGCGGGGGGGCUGGACUCCCUGUCAGAGUUCACUCUGCCUGGAGGUAGAAUCUCUCACGGUUUCAUCCCAGGACUUGGCAACAGCAGCUCCACUCACUCUAAUGGCCCAGUAACCACGAACCUCUCUCUGCUGUCCCGUAACCCCUUGGCUGCCACCCAUGAGUUCAGGCAGGCCUGUCACGCCUGCUACAGCCGAGUAGGUCCGCGGGUAAUGGACUAUCAGUACCAGCCAGAAGUGGCUCACCGCUGCAAGCGGGACAUUCUGUUAUGCCGCAUUAAAGGGUCGGAUGACCCAAGCUGGAAGAGGAUCAGGCCACGUCCAACCAGAAACAACUUCCUGGGAGCCUUCGUGCUCUGCAAAGAGGUGCAGGAGCACCAGGAGUGCAAGUAUGGGGAGAACUGCACCUUCGCCUACUGCCAGGAGGAGAUCGACGUGUGGAUGCAGGAGCGGAAGGGCGCUCUGAGCCGGGAGCUGCUGUUCGACCCGCUGGGCAGCACCGAGAGGCGGGCGCUGAGCGUCACCCGACUGCUGCAGUUACACCUGGGCAUGUUCAUGUUCCUCUGUGAGGAGUGUUUUGACAGUAAGCCCCGAAUCAUUAGCAAGCGCAGCAAGGAGAACCUGGCUGUCUGCUCCAACCUCACCGCCCGGCAUCCCUUUGAUGACAACAAGUGCCUGGUGCACGUGGUGCGUUCGGCUCACGUGCGCUACUGCAAGGUGCGGCCGCUGCAUCCGCUCUGCCAGUUCGACGUGUGCCGCCACGAGGUGCGCUACGGCUGCCAGCGCGAGGACAGCUGCUCCUUCGCCCACUCCGUCAUCGAGCUCAAGUGCUGGGUGCUUCAGCAGGACACUGGAAUCACCCAUGAAGAGAUGGUGCAGGAAUCCAAGAGGCACUGGCACAGGCUGGAGCGGAACGCACAGCGCCAGAAGCCUGUGCACAACCCACACCCCAGCAGCGGAGGAGGUAGAGGCGAUGGUAUCAGUGGUGGAGGAGGAGGAGGAGUUGGAGUUGGCGGGGGGAAAGGUCGAGGGCUGAACCUGAAGAUGAAGUUUGUGUGUGGGCAGUGCUGGAGAGACGGCCAGGUGAAUGAACCGGACAAGGCGCUGAAGUACUGUACGGCCAAGGCCCGGCACAGUUGGACGAAGGAGCGCCGGGUACUGCUGGUCAAGUCAUUCGACAAGAAGAAGUGGGUGGUGGUUCGACCGCUGCCGUUUUCACGCACCUACCCUCAGCAGUAUGACAUGUGCGUCCACGUCAUGAAGCAGAAGAAGUGCCACUACAUCGGAAACUGCUCCUUCGCCCACAGCCUGGAGGAGAGGGACGUCUGGACCUACAUGAAGAACAACAGCCUGAGGGACAUGCAGCAGAUGUACGACAUGUGGCUGGCGCUGACCAAUCAGAACAGACGGCCCGACGACACUGUGCUGACCCCGCCCCCAGAGGAGAAGCAGAUCUCCAUGCCGACCGACUACGCUGAGCCAAUGAGUGGCUUCCACUGCCGCCUGUGCGGGAAGCACAGCAACAGCGAGCGUCAAUGGCAGCAGCACAUCUCCUCAGAGAAGCACAAGGACCGCGUGUUCAGCUGCGAGGGCGAGGCCGAGGCUGAGGCCGAAGGCGGGGCUGAGGACGAGGACGAGGGCCUGGCCUGGAGACACCGCUUCCCGGGGCCGCACUUCCUACUCUGCCCCAGGCUGGAUGGCGCUUGUGCCGAUGGCGUGAGCUGCGACUACGCCCACAGCGAGGAGGAGCUGGCCGAGUGGAGAGAGAGACGGGACUUCCUGCGGCGCAAACUGGCCAAGGCCCGUGACGACAUGCUGAUCGCCCCCGGCGACUGUGACUUUGGGAAGUACAACUUCCUGCUGCAAGACUGAGGCAAUGCCUGAAAAAAAACACACACGCACACACACACACACUGCAGACAUGGAGAGUGGGCAGGCAGUAGAUAUUCACAUGUACACACACACCGAAUCAAGUUUGUAUGUGUGCAGACAGUUUAUUCAUUCUGGGCAGUUGUCAUUUAUAUUUCUUCUCCCGCACGCCCUCUGGCUGUGGUUCUCUCUCUCGGUUCUACCCCGCAGAACCCAGAAGCCACAAUGAUACACAGCAACCUCCCUCCCCCCCCCAUUUCACGAAACACCCAGCUUUAACUGAGCGUCGGCAUAAAGGCUGCCCGCCCUCAGCCUCCCCUCUUCCUCCCCUCUUGUGCUUCAGGGGCGGUUGUUGAUUGCAAGGAACCUCAAAGCACAGAGGAGUGCAGUUUUUUAUUUUUGUUUGUUUUUCAGCUGAGCUUUGGGUAGCUUGGUCCUCUGGAAUUCUGCCUCUUAAGCUUUUGAAUGGGUGCGACGUUCAUCCGGCGGUUUUGCUUAUUGGUGGAGGAUCUCAUUUUCUAACUACUAAAGCACAUUGGAAAGGAGGUGGAGCCGUCUUGCUGUAUGGAACGGACUACAUCUUUUGUAAUGUUUUAUGGUUCUUUACCUGAUAACGAACAAGUCAUGCUGAAAGUUUUAUGUCGCGGUUAACUGUGAUCUAUAUAGACAGUAACAUGCAGUGAGCUGGGAAUUGGAAGGGAAAGAAAUCGCAAAUUGCGAUGUACUGCAGAAGAGCAUCACAGGCCGUGACAUUAGGUGUGGUGUGACCUUUUUGGAUAGUGACAGUGGCCUGCCCUACAGAGUGCGUGAAGGAUGAGCUGGGUUCGUGGGGUGGGGGGGGGGGGGACUCCUAUUGGCGGAAUAGGAUCAGAGGCGGAGCUCAAUAGGCUAUAAGCCGCUCAAACCCAGCCUUAGAAACGUACCGUCUCAGGCAGCAGUAGGGGCUUUCGCUUCAAUGUGGGUGGAGUUCAGUGUGGGGGCGGGGAUAUGCAAAUAUCGGCGCAGGAGCCAAUGGGCUAUCCUGCAAGCAGCCUGCUGUGGAGGAUGGUCCAGGAGAGGUGGAUUAUGGGUACCCAUGAUGUGCCCGUAUGUAUAAGUACACAUUCAUAAAAUGCAAUGCUUUAAUGCAUAUCGCUAAUAUCAAGUCACAUCCUUCCACAUGCUCACCAAGAACAUAUAUAUAUAUUUUUAUAUAGAUGUAUGUCUAUAUACUUAAGCAUAAUACAAGCAUAUAAAUAUUUACAGAAUCAGUAUACUAAUGGUAUUUGAUAUCUUGGCCAUAAAGCUUAAAUGAAGGUAUAACAAUUAACCCUGUAUUGAUUACAUAGUACCUCUUGUUAUUGAGCUGUGCUAUAUUAACUGUAUCGCUAAAUUAGAUUAUUAGUAAUUGUGCUUCUGUGGGGGUCAUUCCAGAAACUGGUUUUGAUGAUUUGGUCUUGUGUUACUGACCUUGCUGACAUGGCUGGUAGGAUUAAGCUGAAGCAGGAAAGGGUCUGUCGAUUUGCUGUAUGUGGUGUGUGUUUUUGCCCUGAAGGCAGGGCAAAAAUUUGGUUAGAUCCAGCCAAGGAAUUUGUCUAUCACCAGCGAACCAAUCAGAGUUGUGUAUAUAAAGAAGGGGCGGACCCUUUUCUGGAAUGGCCCAGGUAUAUGCUUCAUUGAGGGACCUUAUUACUAUUAUAAUUACAAUUAUGCGAUUGCUGUUACAAUUUCUGUUCUAUUAUAUGUUCUCUGGAAUUGAUAUGUAUACAUUAAUUGUCAUAACUCUAUAUGUAUCAAUGUAUGAGUAUAAAUUUAUAGAGUAAAUAGAUGUUUAUGUAUGCGCAUGUUAAAAUUUUCUGUCAAGGAAGGCAGGCAAAGUGAGAUGCUGUGUUGAAGAUUAAGACGCUGAAGGGCAGUUUUAGGGGCAAAGUUUCUGUUGAGUCUAUUUUUUAUAAAUCUUCGCAGAACUGUGAGAUAGUAGAAGCCAGUGCAGGUACGGGGGGGGGGGGGGGGGGGGGGGGUAAGUGAAGUGAUGCUCACGUCUCAGCGUUGGGUGGGGGUCACAUCCUGUGAAGCAGCUGUCCCUCAAAGGCUGGGAUAUGAGCUGUACAAACCAGCAGGCUUACUGGAGUUUUAAGAGGGGGUAGGCUGUCAUAUGGACGACAUGGUAAUUGAAGCAUGCAGAUAGUGCUUUACAGAAGACUGCACUGGUCCACUUUGCAAGAGGCCCCUCAGCCCAGCAGUAUGGUGAUUUAUACAAGAUUUGCUCCUGUCGGACUUUGUACUGUCGAGUUGCUGCGUAAAGGGCCCAGGCAUACAUAGAUAUUUAUUUCAAACUGUAUAGCGCCUUAUACAAUCUAUAUAGAUGCAAAUAUAUAUACCCUAAACACAUAAUCCUCUUUUCCUCUAUAUAUAAAUUUAUAUAGUUAGACUUACUUAGGUACAUGAAUAAGAUGUGAUGAUGCUUUGAUUUCCCCUGAAUGAUGUUAAUGGGUGGAAGUCUGACAAUGUAUGACCUAUGGAAUUAUGUUGCCCGGAUUUGUUAAUAAUGAAUACGGGUUAUGUUCUUUGGCUGUGGCUAAUGGAUGUUCUGUGCGGUCUUGGCUCAUUCUGAUAGUGGACUGUAGCCUGCACAAAGACGGUCCACAAUUAUUUAAUAGGCACGUGGUAUUAUACAAACCCGAGGGUCACUUCUGCAAAAAGAAAGAAGGGGGUUAAUUUGCCAUGCAGUGUCUUUAAUCUCAGCGCUGGAUGGGUGCGUGGAUGCUUUGGAAAGGAGGAUGUUUGACUGAAGAUAGUCAGGGCUUGCAGGAUUUCCCAUCAAGUUUGGUAGUAAAUGUUUGUCUGCCGGCUCAAGUGCAGGAUCUCGAAGAAAGAGCAGAUCUUUGUGUAUGUGCUCGUGUGCAUUGAGAGACACUUUGGGAUCGCAGUCCUCCUUCCUCUGGGGCUGAUGGCACAUAAAACGAUGCCUUUUACAUUCGUACUUUGACUUCCCAGAGCUUUACGCUCCUCAGAUGAAGGUCUGUAGGUUAAGCAACCCAUGCACACACUGAUCAACUCAAUUUCGAUGUUCUUUUGUGUUGUUAAAGUCUGGAGAAUGAGUAUGAACAAGGAGUUCACCAGCUGAAAUGAAGAAGCCCUUUUUACUGUACUGUAUUUUUAAACCCCUCUCCUUCUCUCCUUGGAUGAAAAUAAGUAAAAGACCAUGGACCAAAUCUUAUGAAAAUGUUUUAACAAUAAACAGGCACUGUUUUUGAAAAUGUGA